CCCUGGAGAUACGCCCUGCUACCUGGACCGGCGGGAGUUGCCGCUUUGCGACCCUCCUGGCAGCUCUGCCGAGGGAGACCCACGGUCGCCUUGCGAGGUGCCCCGGAGGGUGGGAGGCCUCGGACGUCUUUGCAGUUCACCCGCCGCCGCCUGGCCACGACCUUUCUUUCCCCGGGGUCCCCAACCCCGAGGCUUCCCACCCGCAGCUGCUCUCUGCCCUGGCCCCAGACACCAUCCCCACCCACCCCGGCUGCACCAGGGGUCGGGUCCCCCUUCAGUGGCCGCCUCUGUUACCCCAGGUCUCAGCAGUCACAUCCCAGAGCGCAACAGCAACAUGUUCCACGGCAUCCCAGCCACGCAGGCGGGGGGAGCCCCUGUGAACAAGCCAGAGCUGUAUGAGGAAGUCAAGCUGUACAAAAACGCACGGGAGCGAGAGAAGUAUGACAACAUGGCAGAGCUGUUUGCUGUAGUGAAGACCAUGCAGGCCCUGGAGAAGGCCUAUAUCAAGGACUGCGUCACCCCCAAUGAGUACACUGCCGCCUGCUCUCGCCUCCUGGUCCAGUACAAAGCCGCCUUCCGUCAGGUCCAGGGCUCAGAAAUUAGCUCCAUUGAUGAAUUCUGCCGCAAGUUCCGCCUGGACUGUCCACUCGCCAUGGAGAGGAUCAAGGAGGACCGGCCCAUCACUAUCAAGGAUGACAAGGGCAACCUGAACCGCUGCAUUGCAGACGUCGUCUCGCUCUUUAUCACGGUGAUGGACAAGCUGCGGCUGGAGAUCCGAGCCAUGGACGAGAUUCAGCCUGACCUCAGGGAGCUGAUGGAGACCAUGCACCGCAUGAGCCACUUGCCCCCAGACUUCGAGGGCCGCCAGACUGUCAGUCAGUGGCUACAGACCCUGAGUGGCAUGUCGGCUUCCGAUGAACUGGACGAUUCCCAGGUGCGUCAGAUGCUGUUUGACCUGGAGUCGGCCUACAAUGCCUUCAACCGCUUUCUGCAUGCCUGAGCCCACCGCCUGGUACUACCCACUGCCCCACAAUAAAGAGAUUCCCCUGCCUC